AUGGAGAACUCCUGCGUGGGCCGCUGCGAUGAUGGCUUCAACGCGCAGCACAAGGCCCAGUGCGACACCCUCUGCAUGUACUACCACAUGACCCGGGGAGACGUGUUCGCCUUACCAGAGGAUGACUACCUUGACUACAACUUCACUGUCAACUUUGGCACGGAGGAGAACACUGAGGCAACAGUAGUGGAGGAGCCUGUGGAUGAGGUGCCCAGCACCACGCAGGAUGAUUUUGGGACGUGGGACCCCCUGGAGGAGCCCGAAGAGCUAUGCAGCAAGAAACCUUUUGAUGCCUUCACUGACCUGAAGAAUGGUUCCCUUUACGCUUUCCGAGGGAAGUACUUCUAUGAGCUGGACGAGACAAGCGUGCGGCCAGGGUACCCCAAGCUCAUCAGCGAUGUCUGGGGCAUCGAGGGCCCCAUCGAUGCAGCCUUCACACGCAUCAACUGUCAAGGCAAGACUUACCUGUUCAAGGGCAGCCAGUACUGGCGCUUUGACGAUGGAGCCCUGGACCCUGGGUACCCACGUAACAUCUCUGAGGGCUUUGAAGGCAUCCCAGACAACAUUGACGCAGCUUUCGCCCUCCCCGCACACAGCUACCACGGCAAUGAGAGGGUCUAUUUCUUCAAGGACAAAUACUACUGGUCCUACGACUUUGCCCAGCAGCCCACGCAGGCCGACUGCGAAAAGUCCUCCCCCUCCACCGUGUUCGGCCACUACGCCUUCAUGAACCGCGACAGCUGGGAGGAUGUUUUCCAGAUCCUCUUCGGUGGCAGGAUGAACGGGGCGAGCAGGCCGCGGUACAUCAGCAAAGACUGGCGGGGGGGGGGCCGUUUUUCGGCCAGUAUCUCCGUGCCCUCCCACCAGCCCCGGAGGAGGAAGUCUCGCCGCCAGCGCAAGAGGUACAAGAACCACCGGUCACUGAAUUUGGGUUUCUGGGGCUGGCUCCAAAACGACUCUGACUCCGCGGAUGUCGAAAGCGACUGGCUGUCAGGCUCCAAGUGCGAGACCCUCCAGAGUGUCUACUUCUUCGUAGGAGACAAGUACUACCGCGUCAACCUGCGUACCAAGCGCGUGGACCUGGCGCAGCCCCGCUACCCGCGCUCCAUCGCCCAGUACUGGCUGAACUGCCCGCAGCCCGGGGAGGAGAGCACCUGA